AUGGCACUGCUUAGUAUUUUAAGAAGCAACUGGUUUAUAAUAGGAAUAGUUCUUGUGAUCAUCAGUGCCAAAUUUGACCCAGAUAUCGGUUCAAAAGGAGGAAUUCUCAAACCAGAGAUUACAGUAAAGUAUGUUGCCGUAUUCAUCAUUUUCUUCAACAGUGGUCUGUCAUUGAAAACAGAGGAAUUCACUAAAGCUAUUUUCCAAGUGAAGAUUCAUGUAUUCAUUCAAGGAUUCACCUUCAUUAUAUUUCCACUGUUGAUGCAGACUUUGGCAACGUUAUUGGCAUCAGGGCCUUUUGACAAACAUCUGAUAGAAGGUUUAAAGGUGCUUGGUUGUAUGCCACCACCGGUGUCUUCUGCUGUAAUACUCACUAAAGCUGCUGUAGGAAAUGAGGCUGCAGCUAUUUUCAACUCCGCUCUGGGUAGUUUUUUGGGUAUCUUUGUAACACCAACUCUGAUUUUAAUGGUGGUUGGAUCCCAGGCAGAUGUACCUAUCACCACCAUCAUAGUCCAGUUAUGUAUGACUGUAGUCGUGCCACUUGUGACUGGUCAGGUUGUACGGCGGUUUGUAAGAGUUUGGAUGGAGAGGACAUAUAUUCCCUUCAGCACCAUAGGAAGUGGAAUUUUACUACUUAUCAUUUACACAACUUUCUGUGAUACAUUUUCUCAUAAAGAUGUCAAUUUAGAUGCCAUCAAUCUCAUGUCCAUCAUACUUCUCAUUGUCAUAAUCCAGUCCAUUUUAUUGACACUGAUAUUCUUUUUCUCAUCAUGGAAGCAAGCAGGAUUCCAGCCUGUGGACUGUCCUGCUGUCAUGUUUUGCGCCACACACAAGUCACUCACACUGGGUAUCCCCAUAGUAAAGAUUAUCUUCAGUGGUGACCCAACCAUGUCUGUGAUAACCAUCCCACUCCUGGUGUACCAUCCAACACAGAUUUUAAUCGGCAGUCUCAUUGUCCCAUUUCUGAGAGGCUGGCUACUCUUACAGUCCAAACACAGAAAAAACAUCACAAGGCAUGUAUGACCCAAAGGUGUAGUCAUAUAAACACUGGCUGAAAGGAGGAGACUAUUUCUACUGGAAAGUCUAUCUCUACUGAAAAAUCUCUACUGGAAAGACUAUCUCGACCCAGAAAUCCUAUCUUGAUCAAGAAAUCCUAUCUUGACACAUUCAAAUUUUCCAUUUUAUCUGUUUUUUAUACAAUGCUUGCAGUACAAUACACUGCUUUUCCAUCAUGAUGUCACAAAGUGUUUCCAAUAUUGCAAUGGUCAUAGACAAAUCAAACCAGCAUGAAGAACAUCCCAUGCAUGUGCCUAUAAUUCACCAGGAAAACAAAGUCAUA